CUAUGUUUGGCCCUGGAAUAAUUUCUAAGUCAGCGUUCUCUGUGUUGGUGGUCGUGGUCUCUGCCCGUCUGCCCUGCCGUCAGCCAGGCGAUCAGCUGUGAGCUUGCAAUGAUGGAGGUUGCUUCAGUGCCAAAGCUCGUGUGGCGGGUGGUGAAGCCGCACAUCCCACUGAUCAGGUUUCGUAAAGGCAGCCCCUUGGAGCUUGUGCAUGGCAGCCAGGAACAAAGCGCUGUGGCUGGGAAGACUGCAGUGGGGGGCGUGACUCAGGCUCCCAAGGUGCUGGAGGAGUGGGAGGUGCCUUACAAAUACCGCAGGCCUCUCAUCACUGAAGAGGAGAUUGAAUACAUUAAUAGAGGAGGUCCAGCCUAGACCCAAGCUCUUUUACCUAAGGACAAUGUACAUACUUUGAUGUUAAUUCUCUAAUUUUAAGUAAAUAUUGAUUAUAAAAUUAAA